AUGCUUAGGCUGGUCCGAUGCAAUUCCACAAAGUCCGCCCUAGCCGAGCGGUUUCAACAAAUUUUGGAUGAAAAGCUACAUCUGGCUUCAAGAUCCGCAAUUUCUAAGGAUGAACAUCUCUCUCUGCAAUUGGAUUGCCUGGAACAAUUCAAUACCGAAAGAUCUCAAUCCCAACUCGAGGGUGCCGCAUUUGAACAAAAGUACCAAAGAGAAAUUGCCUUUGUAAAUAGCGAAAAGCGUUUCAAUCUGCAAAACGAGAGAAAUGAUGCUCUUCAGAGACCAUGGAACGGUUCUGAACUGGUCCUAGAGACAUCUCGAAGAAUGCUAGAUGACUCGGUGGCGAAAGCUAAAAGAGUAGAGCGGAAGCCGUCUCGAACAAUCAUUAGUCCUCCUGUUCCACUCAGCGAAAGGAUUCAAAAUGCAAAAGAACUGUCAUUGGACUACAAAGUUGGCAAGGCCAUGACUCCGGAGGAGAAGGAACGCGAACAGUUCAAGGAGAUGUAUAAAGAGCGUCUUCUUGGGCCUUCAGUGUUUUCAAAUUCUGCGUCUUCAUCCUCGACCAUGGGUCUCAUCACUAGCAUGGCCGAUGCUCGUAUCAAUGCCGAAAUAGACCAGAAGACCGGGACGUUUAGUUCCCAAGAGAUGCUCUCUGUGAGAGGCAAGCCAUUGGACAAAGAUAGACUCAAGAACUCUACAGACACAGCGUAUUUCAUGAAUGAAUUGUUGAAGAAACAAGAUUGUUUGCCUACAUGGAUUGAGAACCAACAAGGUGUUGACGUUGAAGUGAACGCAUUUCGUGCUAAUUUAAAAAGUCAAGCAGUAUCCUCGCUACAUAAGUUGGCUAAGAGCGGCGAUGGAACUCAAUCCGUUGCUGAAAUGAAGCUGGCUUUGUCAGUAUACACUCAAGACAAAUUGGAAAGUAAACUCCUUCUGAUGAUCCUCAAAACCAAAAAAGACUAUUUUCAAUCAAAGAUUGCAGACAUCAACACAAAGAUUCGACACUAUAAUCUCUCAGCGCCAUCUAGCAGCCUUCACAAAUGGAAACUAAUAGAGGAGAAUGAGUAUCAGACAGCAAUAUCCAAAGUUGUACUCAACAUUGAUGAAGCUCUCGAGUUGGCGAACUCACAACACACAAAGGUAAAAGAAAAACAAGUUUCAAGCUCGUUUUUGGGAUUACUUGGAGAAAAAGGCCCGUCAAUAAACACCAGCUACUCCGGUAUUGAACGGCCAAAAGAGCCCCUUCAAUUCUGGCAGCUGGUGAAAGACAUUUUUAAAAGCUAA